UAAAAAAAUUUUCUUUACAAUUUUUUUCGGAUGUAAUAGAGGUUUAUUGUCUAAAGUACAGUGAUACAUAAAAAAAAUGGCAAGUUGAAGUUGACGGUCGACCAGCUAGUUUAGCUUUACGAUGAUUAGGAUUAAUGCUUCUAAUUUUGAGGGAUGGAAACGAAGCUGAUAUAACAAACGAACUCCGAACGUCUCCCGAUCGUAAACCGAAUAAUCCCGAACCAAAAAUAACAAAAAUUUGUAAAAUUUUUUGGUUCAAAGUGCAAAGUGUUCGAAAAUCGUUUUGUUUAAAGAAUCCAAUCAUUAAAAUGGUCGAAAACAGCAAAGUAUUUGCCAAAUUUCCACCUGGACCUCUGGAUGUGUACAGAAAACAAGCAUCUUUUGAUUGGUACGACAUGAAACGAUUUAUAGAAGGCGAUGAAAUCUUGGAGACCAAGGAAAAGAUUUGGAGCGUUAUGGCCAAAGAUCCAGUGUUUUUAGAGACAACGCAAGGUCUGACCAUGGAGGGAAAACGACGAUUGACAUUUCUGAGAGUUAAAAGACUUGUGGAGUAUGAUUUUUUGGGCGAGGUCGGGGAGAAUCCAUUGAAUUUACAUGCUAUAACAGAUGCGUUUGGUUCGCUUAACUGGGGAUUGCUUGCAAAAUUUCAAUUGCAUAAUCAGAUGUUUACGUUUAAUUUAAAAUCAGCCAGUCAGCAUCCAAUGAUCCAAUCUUUGGUAGAAAAAUGUGAAAAUUUAGAGGUUUUUGGCUGUUUUGCCCUAACGGAAUUGAGUCACGGUAGUAACACAAAAGCUAUGAGAACAGUUGCUGUUUAUGACCCGAAAACACAGAAAUUUAUUUUAAAUACACCGGACCACGAAGCGACGAAAUGGUGGGUGGGGAACCUGGGUAAGACCGCCACCCAUGCCUUGGUAUACGCUCAACUCUACACUCCAGAUGGCAUGUGUCAUGGUCUUCACAUGUUCUGUGUGGAAGUGCGUAACCCUGAUCUCACAGCUAGACCUGGAGUGCUCGUGGGGGAUAUUGGGCAGAAACUGGGACAGAAUGAGUUGGAUAAUGGAUUUGUAGCAUUUAAAAACGUGUCCAUCCCAAGGGAGUUUUUAUUAAGCAAGCAUUCUCAAGUCACACCAGAUGGUCGCUAUGUCUCCACGAUUAAAGACCCUAGGAAAAGAUUCGCUGCAUCACUAGGAGCUCUCUCACACGGCAGAGUUGGCAUUACUGAGAUGAGUGUUGUUAAUUUAAGGUUAUGUCUGACGAUAGCAAUAAGGUAUUCAGCAGUUAGACGUCAGUUUGGACCACCUGGACAAGACGAGAUCCCUGUUUUGGAAUAUCAAAUGCAGCAAUGGAGGUUAAUUCCACUCCUGGCUGCAACGUACGCCUUGCAGCAAUUUUCUAAAACGUUAUUUCAAGAUAUGCUUCGCUUUCAAGUUGGCUUAAUCCUCGGUGAAUCCGACACGAAUCAGGCUGAUUUAGGUCGUGAACUUCACGCUCUAUCGUGUUCGUCCAAACCUAUUGCCGCGUGGACAGCACGUGAUGCCAUCCAGGAGUGUCGCGAGGCGUGUGGCGGUCAUGGAUAUUUAGCUGUCAACAGGCUUGGUGAACUCAGAGAUGACAAUGAUCCUAAUUGUACCUACGAAGGUGACAAUAAUCUGCUGCUGGGGCAAACAAGCAACUUCUUGCUUUCAAAACUGGACGAAAUAAAAAAAGGAGAAAAAGUCAACUCGCCUACAGGUUGUGUGGAGUUUCUGAAUCAUAUGGACGAGAUAUUGGAAAACAAGUUUCAUGCACACACGAUAAAAGAUUUCAAAGGUUUUGAUGUUAUUUUGCAAGCAUUCAGUUGGCUGGUUUGUUACUUAUUAAAACAAAGCGAUAAAAAGAUUCAAAGCGAAUUGAAUAGCGGCAAGGAAACGUUUUCAGCAAAAAAUGACAGUCAAGCGUUUUUCUGUCGCUCGUUGGCAUUGGCGUUCAUCCAGAAAACAGUUAUGGACAGAUUUCAUGCGUUUGUUCACGACCCUGAUACUCCAACGAAUUUUCGCGCCAUUUUAGCAAAGUUGGAAAUCUUGUAUGGUUUGUGGAUUUUGGAAAAACAUUUAGGAACUUUUUACGAAGGUGGCUUUUUCAAUCAAGGAAGUCAUGCCGGGAUGAUUCGUAAAUCAAUCGUGGAUCUUUGUGACGAGAUUAAACCAGAAUCAGUGUCAUUAGUGGAUGCUCUGGCACCCCCAGACUUUAUUCUGAACUCCCCAAUUGGCCAUAGUAAUGGAAAGGCCCUGGAAAAUCUAUACGACGCGGUUUUGAAGGACCCGAAGAACACACAACGCCCUUCGUGGUGGAAAGACUUCAAGGAGAAGCCCACGAAAGGGUCUCUUCGCGUAGGAAGCAAGUUAUAAUUAAUGUGCAGCAAGAACUACCAUGGAUAGACGAUAUAACCGAAUAUUCAAAUAUAGAUAGACAAUAACCGAAAUUCAAAUAUUUAUGGCUUUCCAAAGGCUUUAUCACCCCAUAAUACGAAACUUAAAAAUGAAAGACAAUACCGUGAUGAAUAUUUGAGAGCGAGCUAUCAGGCUUUGGCGCCAAUGCAGACUGUUUUCUAUUUAUGAUUACCAAAUCUGGCAGCCGAAUUAAUUAAUUUCAGAAUAAUUUUAUUAAAUAGUCUAAACAACAGAAACUUUUAGAACCUAUUUAGUCAUGCAUCUUCACAGAUGCAAAUUCGAUUCUACUGUGACCAUUCAACAAUUGGGUUCAUUUAUUCCUAGCAAACGCGUAACCAAGUCUCGUUAUUUUCAGUCAGUCCUUGCUUUUGCGAUUUUGUCACUGUUUCGUUUACGAUUUGCUACGUUCGUCUGAGUUUUCCUCGUGUACUUAAAUCGUUGAACAAGAUUACAAGAACACGAUACAGCUCCUAAGAAUCGCAUGUUUACCUCAUUGGCGUUUCUAUCAAGUUAAACCAUAGGUUAAACUAACCAACGGAACUGAUAAUUAAUAAACUACAUUACAAACUUACCGCAAAUCGAUGUUACCAACAGAUUGUACCAUAAUUGAGCACCAUAAAACGGAGCUUUUUACGCCUUUGCAAUGAGGAACGUCGUCGUUUUAAUGUAAAGCACGAUGCAUUAUGAUGAAUAAACAUUCAAUUAAACAGAGACAGAGUGCUAAGCGUUGUAAUUAAUCAAAAAAAUGAA